UUCUGUUUACACGUUGUAACAAUAUGCGACGUUCUUUAUUCUCUCUGGAUAUGUGUCAUUUGAGCUUCUGAAGGUUUCUGAAGAUCAGUUCAGGAGACAGUUUGAUCCCAAUGGGAAGAACACAACGAGAUUCUCUUCUGUUCUGGAUUCAUGUCAAUAUUCAUGAUCAGAAAUUGAUUGACAAUAUCGAUCAUUGAGACAGUGACUGCUGGUGAUAUAAUGGAGUUGGUUCUCAAGAGGCUGCAGUCACUGACUCCAGAUCAGUUGAGGGACGAGAUCACAGGCGCUGGACUCAAAUGUGGCCCAAUAACAGGCACCACCAGGAGCCUCUUUGAGAAGAAACUGGCUCGAGUUCUGCUGGAGAAUCACACAGACGGCAGUGAUGCGCCACAGAUGCAUUCUGGGAGCUCGGAGAGUUCAUGCCAAGAGCUUCAUCAGCCAAUCAAUGAACAGAACAGAGAGGAAAUUAAUCCUGACACCGAAACCACAGAGAGUCCAGAAACCUCCUCCGAAAAUCCCUCAGUAUAUUACGGAGUUUAUCCUCAUCCAGACGACCCCUCCUUUAAAGAUGGUACAGUGCAGGUGUUUGUUAAUAAGACUAAAGCGCUGAAGGCCUUGAUGAAGAUGAAAGGUGCUCGUUUCAAAGCUUUCGUGAGUAAAGAAGAGGCGGAGAACUUUUCUAAAGGUUUAUGUGAAGGCGGAUCUUCACCUGAGAAACCAAACGCCGCGUCAGUCACCGAAUGCUCGGUGAGUUUAGACGACGUGAACGUGGAGAAGGCCAACGAAUUCAGAAGUCCUCGCACACAAGACCUGACGGCAAAACUGCGCAAAGCUGUCGAGAAAGGAGACGAGGAGACAUUUAAAGAGCUCGUCUGGGGAAAUCCAAGAUAUCUCAUCGGAUCUGGUGACAAUCCAACUGUUGUGCAGGAGGGAUGCAGGUAUAAUGUCCUGCAUGUCGCAGCAAAAGAGAACCAGCCAGGAAUCACUCAUCUGAUCUUAGAGACGCUGGAGAACCCAGAGUUCAUGCGUCUGAUGUACCCUAAAGAUCAGGAGGUCAUGCUGUGGCAGCGCAUCAGAUAUGUACUUGAUCUGUAUCUUAACACGCCUGACAAAGCAAGUAACGAGACGCCGCUGCACUUCGCCUGUAAGUUUGGUUGUCCAGACGUGGUGAAUGUUCUGUGUUCACAUCCAUACGUCGAUAAGAACUGCAGGAAUAAAUACGGCCAGAAACCUGCAAGUGUGAUCUGUGAGCGGAAAAACAAAAGUAAAGAAGUGAAGCAGAAGAUCGUGCAAUAUUUGGAGGACAGAUUUUAUGUGCCGUUAUUGAGGGCCGCUGACAACACGCUUCAUCCAGUGAUCGGCGCCCCCUGGUGUCCUGGAUCAAUAGAGUCAUGUGACCCAUUACACACCCCUGUGAAUAUGGACAGUCCCAAAAACCCAGAAAUGACGAUCAAGGCGUUUGCUGGCCCUUUAAAUUCAUCAAAAGCGGAGGAGUUUCACCGAUUGUGGAAAACGCCUCCACGAGACCGGGCCAAAUAUUUCCAUGACAUUUUGAAAUCGGAUUCUGAUCAGGGCGCAGAGAGAGUGGGCAGAGAGUUGGCUCAUGAGAUGGGCAUCCCUUGGGCAGAAUACUGGGACUUUCUGAACUGCUUCAUUGACCUGUUCACUGCCGAUGGCUUGAACAUGUUGGAAGAGUAUUUAAACAGAGAAAAUGCUGGAACUUCCACUCCAUCUACUGGUGGACCUGAUCGAACAUCCGGUUCCAUCUGUAGAUCAUUUCACAAAGAGCAUCUAAACGGUUCCUUCAAGAUGACACACGAGAACUCGACUGAAGAGGAUGAUCAUGGUGGCAUCGGACGGUUCCCGGUCUGUGAUCUGAUGCAGGAGUUCGAGAAGGUUUCAUUCUCCAGUGAACACACGGAUAACACGUGUGACUCUGGUGUGGGCAGCUCGGAUGAUGAAUGGAGAAGACGCCGGAUUGAAGAUGAUGAAUGCAGCUGUGGUUCAGAGGAGUAUUUCACAGCGGAUGAAGAGUGUGGUGACCUGCAGGAUUGUAAUAGCAGUAAUAAAGGUGUCCUCGCUCACUCCACACCCUGGAGCAGAGGACACGUCUCACUGGACCACUCGGGUUCCUCCAACUCUUCAUUUCAAUCGACACACAGCACACCUGACCACAUCGUUGACCCCGUUGACCACGAUAGACGUGAGGUUUUUAUUGCGGGUAAUUCACCAACAAAACUGGACAGUGACGUGCUUCUAGCGGUGAAUAAUGCAGAGAUCGACCCAAACUCAUAUCCCAGUGUCGUCAAAUGGAAAAGCAAGAUUUUGUCCUAUCCUUCAUCGCAAAGACAAAGCUGGCGGAAGACUUCAUUGACGAUCAGAGACACUGAGAGCCGGAGCUCGCCGUCCUUUACACCCGACUGGUUAAAUGAACCCAAAUUCAGAAGUCCGGGUCACUUUAACUCGGAGCAGUUUGUGUUCAGCUCUCCACGCAGGUCAUACAGACCCGUGUAACAACAGACACUCAGAAGGGAUUUAGCACUUGAGUUGGAGUCGGUUUAUUGCAUUUAUUUCAUGCUAUUUGUAUUUUUGCACAGCAGCUGUAUUGCUUUUAUUAACGACAUUAAUAACUUUAAAGGUAGUAAUUAUUCAGUUACUUUCUAAAACACUUUCCCGCUCAAAUUCAUGUUCAUUGUUACACGCAAGUCAUACACUGAUCACAUGUAUUCUACAUAAAUAAUAUUUUACAAAGCAUGACCCUAAAAUGUACUUAAAAGUAAUCAGUCAGAAAAUGUAAUCUGAUCACACUAAUUUAAAUGUAAUCCGUUACACUACUUUUGUACUUAAAAGUACUUGUAUUACAGUACUUAAAAGUAAUCAGUACUUUUAAUGUACUUAAAAGUAAUCAGUCAGAAACUGUAUUCUGAUCACACUAAUUUAAAUGUAAUCUGUUACACCACUUUUGUACUUAAAAGUACUUGUAUUACAGUACUUUGUUACUUUGUAAUUGGAUUACACCCAACACUGAUCGUAAUACUGUGACCUUUAAUUGAAGAUCUGUGUUAUGAAAUGACAUCACACACAGGAGGUGACAUGAGCCAUUUAAAGUAUAUUUUUAAGUUUAAUUGAAGUGCAUAACUCAUUUCAUUUAUGCUUUCCUUAAUGUUGUGAUGUUAGUUAUAAGUUGGUAAGCAUAACAAGUCCACCCUGUUAUGGAAAACCCUGUUAAGUCCACCCUGUUAUGCUGGGAUAUGUAAUGAUGCUUUAUUUUAAAUAUAUUUCAUUUUUCAAAAGCCGAAAUGACACCAAAUGAUGCAGAUGAGAAGGCCGAGAUCCAUAAGGGAAGUGAGCUCCAAAACACCAGCAAAUAGUCUCUAUCUAACCGUGUGUGGAAGUGUCGCCCGCUUUUGGAGUUGGCCUAACCCACCUCUGGAGUAACCCCGCCCCUUACGGAGUUACCCACCCUCUUUUGGAGGUGACCAGCCCACUUCUGGAGUAACCCGCCCCUUACGGAGUUACCCAGCCUCUUUUGGAGGUGACCCAACCCACUUCUGGAGUAACCACGCCCCUUACGGAGUUAGCCAUCCUCUUUUGGAGUUGACCCAACCCACUUCUGGAGUUACCCCGCCCCUUACGGAGUUACCUCCCUCUUUUGGAGGUGACCCAACCCACUUCUGGAGUAACCCCGCCCCUUAAAGAGUUACCCGCCCUCUCUUGGAGGUGACCCAACCCACUUCUGGAGUAACCCCGCCCCUUUUUGGAGUUCACAACCCCAUUUGGAGAUCUUUGGGCUACUUGGGUCUUUUAGAGCUCUAUUAUGGUGUUAGAUUAACCUCCUGAGACCCUGCGUGCACAUGCGUGCACAUUACGUUUUGGCUUCUCUAUAGGGUACGCAUAAUUUAAUUUAAUUUAAACUGACUGAUCUCAGUUUAGGAGACUCUGUGCUGUCAGUAAAGGGUUAAACGUUCGACUGACGGAGUCAUGUGACAAAACAAGUCUCUAGUUUCAUCCGAUAUAAUAUUUAAAAAAUGUUAUCGAUUUAUCAUGAAACGGCACGCUGUUAAACACAAUGACCACGUAUGUGGACUAUAGGCUUAAAAAUAUCUUAUAUGUACUGUACAUUAUCACAUUGAGAAUAAAUGUAUGUAGUCAAAC